AUGGCUCCCGGGGGCUGGCGCUGGGCUCGGAAGGCGCUGGCUGCCGCGCCGCUGUUCCGGGGCCGCGCGCUGCUCGUCACCAACACGCUGGGCUGCGGCACGCUCAUGGCGGGCGACGGCGCGCGCCAGGCCUGGGAGGUGCGCGCGCGGCCGGGACAGAGCUUCAGCGCGCGGCGCUCAGCCAGCAUGUUCGCCGUGGGCUGCAGCAUGGGCCCCUUCCUGCACUUCUGGUACCUGUGGCUGGACCGCCUGGUCCCCGCCGCGGGCCUGCGGAGCCUCCCGAGCGUGGUGAAGAAGGUCCUGGUGGAUCAGGUGGUGGCGUCCCCCAUCCUGGGCGUCUGGUACUUCCUGGGCCUUGGCAGCCUGGAGGGCCAGACGCUGGAGGAGAGCUGCCAGGAGCUGCGGGCCAAGUUCUGGGACUUCUACAAGGCCGACUGGUGCGUCUGGCCAGCCGCUCAGCUGGUGAACUUCCUGUUCAUCCCGUCACAUUUCCGAGUCACCUACAUCAACGGGUUGACCCUGGGCUGGGACACGUACCUCUCCUACCUGAAGUACUGGGCACCUGAACCCCUUCCGACUCCCGGCUGCGCGGACUGAGCAGGAAGCCCGUGGAGGAGUAGGUGGGCGGACGCACUCCUGAAGGAGGCUCGGGGCAGGUCCGAGCCCUGGGCCCGGGCAGAGCCCAGGCUGGACCAGCCGCCCCGCCGGAGUCCGCGUGCAGCGGCCCCGCGGGAUCAGCACCAGCACCAGCCGGCAGUCCCCUGUCGGCCUGCAGUGUGACUCGGGCUCCAUUGCGGCCCAGGCAGCCCCCCCCGAGGUCCCCUGGACCCCAGGUGACAGAGACAGAUGUGCCCUACAGCCCUGGAAUGGGGUCUGGUUUGGCCUCAGAAAACUUCGUGCGAGGGUGGGCAGCGGUGUGGAAAUGUCAUUAAAUCCUCUGUAAUCACAA